AUGAUUUACAUUGAUUUUCCAGGUUUAUAUGCUAUUUUUAUGUCAUUGCCUAUCAAUUUUAUUACUUGGAACUGUCGAGGGGGUCUUUUGAGUUUUCGCAAACAAAGUUUUAUUCGAAACUUGGUUAGCAAACAUAAUCCUUCUUUUAUUGGUUUGGUGGAAUCAAAAAAAGAGAAUAUAGAUGCUUUUCUAGUUAGGAAGUUGUGGCCUAACUUAGAUUUUGAUUUUUCUUUUGUUCCAUCGAUUGGUUCCUCUGGUGGUUUAUUGAUUAUUUGGAAUUCGGUUUUGCUUCAUAAUGUUUCGGUAACUAAAGGAUCUCGUUGGAUUUGCAUGGAUUUUUCCUUUUCUGGUUUUUCUAUCCGUCAUAUACUAGUUUAUGCAAGUAAUGCGGCAUCCGAAAGAUCAUCUUUUUGGGCUGAGUUGGCUCCAUUAAUCUGUUAUCCGGGGUUAAUUAUAAUCAGUGGGGAUUUUAACGAAAUUUUGAAACCUGAGGAGCGUAUAAACUGCCAAGAUUUUACAGCUUCUAUGUUAGCCCUUCAUGAUUUUCUCAAUACUACGGAGCUGAUGGAUAUCCCACUUCACGCUAUUUGCUCUUCGAAUGAAGUUACUACUUUUGUGCAAAAAAUCAAAAAGCUUCAUCUCUUAAUCAAAGAAUGGAAUGCCACUGUUUUUGGAAACCAAAACAAGAUAAUCAAAGAUCUUUCGGAGGAAAUUUUGCAGCUGGAUAUCCUAGCUGAUUCUCGGCAGCUUUUGGAGGAUGAGAGAAAUCGAUUAGCUUGUUGUAAAUCAGACCUGUGGACAGCAGAGAAGGCAGUAGAAAAUAUGUGGAUUCAAAAAUCAAGACUUAAUUGGAGUAUUAAGGGUGAUAAGAACUCCAAAUUCUUUCACAGUAUUGCUUCUAUGCAUUAUAGAAACAAUCAUAUUUAUUCAGUGGAGGUGGAUGGCAUCUCGUUCUCGGAUCCUCAUGAAAUCAGAAACCAUAUUCGCUCAUUUUAUUCUGCUCUUUAUGACAGGAACCAUCAUGUGUACUCAGACAUUUCAGGUCUUGAUUUUAAUUAUCUAUUCGCUGUUCAGGUUUCAGGUUCUUCAAAAAUCAAUGAUUGUCGCCCUAUCAGCUUGGUUAACGGGAUGUACAAGCUGCUCUCGAAGUGUCUUUCUAUCAGGUUGGCUCCCCUUCUCCCUUCGGUUAUCUCUGAUUAUCAGCAUGCUUUUAUUAAAGGUAGAAGUAUUAUGGACUGUGCCAUGAUUGCCAACGAACUUGUUCACCUAGCUUCUAAGCGGAAAGAUAGUCUUUAUAAUAUUGUUGAUGAAAGCUAA